ACACACACACACACGCACACACACACCUCCCCCUCUUGUCAGCACGUCUCUCUCUCCCGUUGUUAAUCCGCCUCUCUCUCUCUCCACAGUCAUCAUGGCGGAAAUCAAAACGGGAAUCUUCGCUAAAAACGUGCAGAAACGGCUGAACCGAGCGCAGGAGAAGGUGCUGCAGAAACUGGGAAAAGCAGACGAGACCAAAGAUGAGCAGUUUGAACAGGUGGUCGUCAACUUCAGGAGACAGGAGUCUGAAGGUUCUCGGCUGCAGAGGGAGAUGAAGUCCUACAUGUCUUCCAUUAAAGGGAUGCAGCAGGCCUCCAUCAACCUGACACAGUCUCUGCAUGAAGUCUACGAACCAGACUGGCAUGGAAAAGAUGACGUCAUGGUCAUUGGGAAGGACUGUGAUGCAUUGUGGGAAGACUUCCAUAACAAAUUGGUGGACUCGACGCUGCUGAACCUGGACGCAUACCUGCAACAGUUUCCAGACCUCAAAACUCGUGUCGCCAAAAGAAGCCGGAAACUCAUCGACUACGACAGCGCUCGACAUCACGUUGAAACUCUGCAGGUGUCAGGGAUGAAGAAUGACCGCAAGAUGAUGAAGGCUGAAGAAGAGUUAAAAAAGGCUCAGAAAGUGUUUGAUGAGCUGAACGUCGGUUUACAGGAUGAACUGCCAACUCUGUGGGACAGCCGUGUUAGCUUCUACAUCAGCACCUUUAAGAGUGUGACAAAUCUGGAGGCCAGAUUUCACCGCGAGAUCUCUCUGGUAUGUAGGCAGCUGUAUGAAGUGAUGACCAAACUGGGUGAGCAGCACUCUGACAAAAUGUUCACCAUCCAAGGAGCUCCAAGUGAUUCAGGACCACUACGACUCGCUAGAACCCCGUCACCACCAGAAGAUGAGAGUCCACCUGAGAGUCCAGACAACAGCUCCAAUCACAUGCUCCGCCCCGUCUCACCUGGACCACCACGGCCCAAAUCCCCGACACAGCUUAAAAAGGGGCCGCCGGUGCCUCCACCACCAAAGGUCACACCUACCAAGGAGGUGGCAGAGGAGCAGAUCAUCGACCUGUUUGGAGGAGAAUUUUUACCAGCACCUUCACCAUCACAGCCCAAUGAACGACCAGGAGAAUCUCUUCUCGACCUGGACUUCGAUGCCUUUCAGGCAGAUGAAAGUGUUUCGCCGAUACCACAGACAGCUGUGCCGUGGGAUAUGUGGGCGGCAAAUGCCCAAACAGCUCAGCCGCAGGCUGCAGACACCGGCUUCGUCGCUGACUGGUCCGCUGACUUUGGUUCAUUGUCAGCAAAUGGAGAUGCUGCUCCAGGGACCGAGGCCCCUGCUGUGGGGCCAGAGGGGGCGCAGGGCGGGGCACAGGGUGGGGCUCAGGGCUGGCCCCAGGCAGACGGCUGGCAGCCGGGUGGAGACACAACUACACCUCCUCAGGACAGCGAGCCAGCCACAGCAGCUGAAGAAGAGGUUAGCAGCUGGGACUCUCAAACUAACCCCAACCUUCAUCCCUCUGCAGUCAGAGGUGAUGAAGAUGAGAUAAGGCAGGCAGAUUCAGGGGCAGAUACAGCAGGGCAGGCGGGCCGCAGGAAGUCCACCCCAGGACUUAUAUUCACCAAUGAGUAUGGUGAACAGAUUGAGGAAAGCACAGAGGGCAGAGAAGACAAGUGGUCCAGGUCUCCAGAUGGGUCUGGGUCUGAAUAUGAAAGUUUUGAGGAGUGGGGUGAUGGAGGACAGGGGGGAGGCUGGGCGAGUGCAGAUGAUGAACUUUCAUAUGAAGAUUGUCCCCCAGUGAACGCCUCCGAGGGGUGGGGAGUUGGAUAUGAUGGUGAAGCAGCAGAUUGGUCUCAAACAGUAGAACAGGUUUCACCAGAGAGCGACGCAGCAGACAGAAACUGUUCAGCUGAAGAAAAAGAAACUGAUCUUACAUCAGUUUACAGCGAUCAUUCUGAAACUCCAGGGAAAGGAGACAAAAGAGUUUUUACAUCUAAAACACAAGGAGGAGGUGCGUUUGAUUCCGAUCCUUUUGCUGAAACACAGGGACGAGGUGCAUUUGAUUCCGAUCCUUUUGCUGAAACACAAGGAGGUGGUGCGGUUGAUUCCGAUCCUUUUGCUGAAACACAGGGACGAGGUGCGUUUGAUUCCGAUCCUUUUGCUGAAACACAGGGACGAGGUGCGUUUGAUUCCGAUCCUUUUGCUGAAACACAGGGAGGAGGUGUGUUUGAUUCAGAUCCCUCACCUGAAACACAGGGAGGAGGUGUGUUUGAUUCCGAUCCUUUUGCUGAAACACAAGGAGGUGGUGCGGUUGAUUCCGAUCCUUUUGCUGAAACACAGGGACGAGGUGCGUUUGAUUCCGAUCCUUUUGCUGAAACACAAGGACGAGGUGCAUUUGAUUCCGAUCCUUUUGCUGAAACACAAGGAGGUGGUGCGGUUGAUUCCGAUCCUUUUGCUGAAACACAGGGAGGAGGUGCGUUUGAUUCCGAUCCUUUUGCUGAAACACAGGGACGAGGUGCGGUUGAUUCCGAUCCUUUUGCUGAAACACAUGGAGGAGGUGCGUUUGAUUCAGAUCCUUUUGCUGAAACACAGGGAGGAGGUGCGGUUGAUUCAGAUCCUUUUGCUGAAACACAGGGAGGAGGUGCGUUUGAUUCAGAUCCUUUUGCUGAAACACAGGGAGAAGGUGCAUUUGAUUCAGAUCAUUUUGCUGAGACACAGUUUGGAGACAAGGGGGGUGGUUUUGAAUUUGAUCUAUUUGCCGAGACCUCAGGAGAAGGUGGGGUUGUGGCCACUGGGGAUAGAAGAAGCGGGUGGGAUACAGACCCUUUUGCCAACAGUUUCCCAACAGCCUCUUCAGGGACUGAGGGUUCUGCCUCCAACACCACGUCCUGGCAGGAAGUUAGUGACAGCAGUGGCUUCGACUGUUCUGUCACUCACCAAAACUCUGCGAAUGUCUCUGGAACAGCAGCAGAAGGAAUUAAAGAUGUAAAUGUUCCCAGAAUUCACAAAGAACCAGAAAAUUCAGACAUGUCCGAAGAUGAGGCUGCAAACCGGAGAUUUGGAAAGUUGUACCAAGAGCUAGAUACAGAAAAGGAAGAGAUGACCGAUGCAUUUAAUGGAUUUUCACAGGAUGCCACUGCCCCAUCAUUUUUUGCGGAUUUUGAUAAGAUGAACGAAGUUAAUGCUGAAUCAACUGAGGCUCCUGAAGCCUCAGAGACAGAAGCUGCUGAGGAACAAGACAAGCCUCCAGCUGCCCCUGCUGCUGAGAUGGAGGAACCUCCAGCUGCCCCUGCUGCUGAGAUGGAGGAACCUCCAGCUGCCCCUGCUGCUGAGUUUGACGAACCUCCAGCUGCCCCUGCUGCUGAGAUGGAGGAACCUCCAGUGCCCCUUGCUGGUGAGAUGGAGGAACCUCCAGCGCCCCUUGCUGGUGAGAUGGAGGAACCUCCAGCUGCCCCUGCUGCUGAGAUGGAGGAACCUCCAGCUCCCUCCGCUGGUGAGAAACCUGCAGCUCCUCCUGCUGCUGAGGAGGAUAUAACAGAAAGUUCUGGCAGCCCGAAGGAGGAGAAGCCUGCUUCCACUGUUGGAUCUCCAGGCUCUGAGCUUGGUGAGAUUCCUCCUGCUGAUGAAGCCACAACAUCUCCAGGUGAAGCAGCUCCGUCGGAAAAGAUGCCGAUCCCCUCUGUGGUGAUUGAGCCUGCCUCCAGUAACGAAGGUGAUGAUGACCGCGAUGCUGACAUCAUCUCUCCCACCGCCAUCAGUGACAAUGGUGUGACGGCUGAAAACCAGACCAUCAAACACAUGAGUCCGUCUGGUGGAGUGUUGGGACUCCCUGAUGACUUUCUCUACAAGGUGGAGACGAUGCAUGACUUUGAGGCUGCAAAUUCAGAUGAACUUGAACUGAAGAGAGGUGAUGUGGUGUUAGUGCUUCCCACUGCUUCAGUAGAGGAUCAGGAUGCUGGCUGGCUUACAGGGAUCAAAGAAAGUGACUGGUUAACACUCGGAGCUGGUGCUCAGAAAGGACUUUUCCCAGACAACUUUACCCAGCGUUUGGAGUAAGAAGUCUCUUCAGCUGGUGGAAAAAAUGAGCAGAAGUUUGAGACAUCAGUGUCCAAGCCGUCCAGUCAGCAUGUAGCCAACCCCUGAAAAAACGUUAUAACCUGCUGCAGCUGUCUGCUGGACAACACAAGGCUUUCUCUGGUAGAUGAAACUCUACUGAAACAAAAACUCAUAGUAAGAAAAACUAGUACUAUUCCCUGCAUUACUGAAAAUGAAUAAGCAUGAUGUGAUAGUAUGGUCUACCCUUCUCUGGAACUGAGAUAUGUUUGUUUUAUUUUGAAAGAAAAAAAAUGUGAUUUACUGGGAAUGUUGCAAUCUCUACAUGUUCACAUCUACAAAAAGUAAGAAAAUUGUUUUUGAAGAAAAAAAAACUAGACCUUCUUUGCACCAAGUGUGUUGUACUGAUUUUGUUGCUCUGAUGUGGAAUAUACCAGAAUCUGUAGUGCUGUGAUCAAUUUAAAUGUUCUUCAGUGUAACAUUGUUUUUUUCAGGCACGUCAUUACCGUUAUCCUCAAAUCACUGUUAGUGUAUUUCUGUAAUAUCAUGGUUGAGUGUGUGUGGUGAUCUUUUCGUUGGCAUCUGUGGUGAUGAAUUAACUCAUUGACCAGUGUUGCUGUGUUUUCGCCAAAAGAAUAUUGACAUUUAUUAUCUGAGUAUUGGCAAACAAAACAGUGCACAUCCAGCAUGAAAAUCUCAAAUCUUUUAUCAAAGUAUUCCAAGAUGAAAAAAUAAAAAAACUGCCCACUAUUGAAAAUAUCAUUGUAUAGCUGCAUAAGUCACAUGUCUUAUGAAAAUUAUAUUUGCAAGAAAUGGAGCCAACCAAAAGAUCUUAAGCUAUUUAUUUAUUUAUUUACUAUGUACAAUCACAGGGAAGGUAUUAACAAAUGCAAUAUGCAAUCUGUGUUGUUGGUAAAUUUCAGGUCUCCAGAUCAACAAACAUUCUGUAGAUCAACAAAUAUGAUGUCACUUACUUUUAACAGUGAAGUUAAACCUCAAUGUAUACGUUUUUUGUGAUGUACAUACCAUAAACGUUUAUGUCAAGAUCAAUAAAUAAGAGUUCUUAAGGUA